CGCAUGGCAGAUGUCAUGGUGCUUUACUUAUAAGCCAUUUCUCUAGCUACGCGAGUGCGAGGGCAUCAUAAUUGGAAAGCGUAAGAAAGGAAGGCAAAAGCACGUGGUUCUUGGCCUGGGCUUCCUGGAGGUGGUGGUGCUGGAGGAAUGGGGCUCGCUUUAAGCCGGAGCGCCUUUGACCCAUUACCGACCGAAACAAUCGUGGCCAUUUUUGCGAACCUGGAAUUCCCCUCAAGACAGCACGCUGCCCUUGUAUGCCGGCGAUGGCGCAACAUCCUGCAGGAGCCGCCCUUUCGCCGCCACGUGGCUCCGGGUCAGAGCCUGAGUGAGGCCCUUCAGGCUUGCAACCCUGGCGACACCCUGAUUUGUCCUCCUGGGAUGUACCAGGAAACCCUUCUGGUGGACAAACCAGUUCGGCUUGUGGCUGAGGACCAUUGGUGCGAGAAGCGAGCCACCCUCAACCCCACCCUUCACCUGCAGUACCCGCAGAGUGGCGGGCCUGCUACAGGGGACCGGCUAUCAACAGCUCUGGUGAACCAGUCCACAGCGGCAGCGCCAGAAGCAGGCCCCGGGCCUGGGUCCGCGCCCGGGCAGGCUUCCGGCCAAGCAUUCAGCACGCAGCAGCAGCGCCAGCAGAUGCGGCAACGGGGAACCGGCCGUGGCGGCGAUAGAGGCGGUGUUGGUGGCCGGCCGCGGGUGCCGUCGGUGACAGUGAUGUCGCUCAGACCGCCGGUGGUCGUGAUGGACAGCAGGUGCUCCUUCGUGGGGUUUGAGUUCCACACCUCGGUGGCGCACAACGAGGUCAGCAUCUGCUGCUUCGGGCCGCACGCACCGCUGGCCAGGUUCGAUAACUGCACCUUCAGCGGUCGCACCGGGCUGCAAGUGCCGUACAGCAAGGGCAGCCAGACUCGGCUAGAACUGUACGACUGCAUCCUCAUCGGCACCACACAGUCCCUGGCGGGCGUCGAAAUGAACGCGGGUCAGCUGCGGAUGGUGCGCUGCGCCGUCCAGAACAACAGUGUGGGUGUGGAGGUCGGUCCGGCGGCGCUGGCCCGCCUUACGGACUGCGAGAUACGCUGGUGCAAUACCGCGUUGGUGGUGGACGGCUGCCUGGCCAUGGCACAGUGCCGGCUGUGGGGAAACGGAAAGGUUGGAAACCAGAACACGGAGGCGAGGCUGCGUGCCGCCAAGAGUUACUCAGAGGCGUGCCUUUCAGGUGCGGUGUGGCCCCUGCCAUGGCCACAGCAGCCUGGCCAACAGCAGCAGCCUGGCCAACAGCUGGAGCCUGGCCAACAGCAGCCGCCUGGCCUAAAGCAGGAGCCUGGCCUAAAGCAGGAGCCUGGCCUAAAGCAGGAGCCUGGCCUAAAGCAGGAGCCUGGCCUAAAGCAGGAGCCUGGCCUAAAGCAGGAGCCUGGCCUAAAGCAGGAGCCUGGCCAACAGCUGGAGCCUGGCCAACAGCAGCAGCCUGGCCAACAGCAGGAGCCUGGCCAACAGCAGGAGCCUGGCCAACAGCAGGAGCCUGGCCAACAGCAGGAGCCUGGCCAACAGCAGCAGCAGCGGCAGCCGGAUCGGUGCAGGGAGCUAAUGCUGCGGUCCCCGCGAGCCGCCGCGGCCGCUGCGGUGGAGAUCACAGCAGCUGCGGCGGCCGCAGCUUUCCCAGCUAGCAACCGGGGCCGUGGCCGCCGCGGCGCCGCCGCCGCCGCCGCCGGCGACCACACGCAGGCCGGCAGCAGCACCGCCGCAGCCGGUACCCGUGCCGUCACGGCGACCUACGUUGUGCAGGACAGCGUCCCGCCGCUGCAUCCUCAGGCUCUGGCGGCAGCACAAGCGACGGGGGCAGCUGGCGGGAGCCGCGGCAUUUCGGGUGGCGGUCUUAGCAGUCCCCAUCGGGUGGCUGAGCUGGCGGCAGUGCAGUGGGCGGAGGUGUCUGCUGCGUUUGCAAACAGGCGGCAACUUGUGCGGGUGCUGGACUGCGAGGUAGCUGCACCGCGGCUCAUCAUUCGCGAGGGCUUUCACAAGGAGGUUCGCAAGAAGGCACGGGAUCUUGUGCGGCAAGUGUACGGUGCACCUGACAGCGACCACUUGUCCUUGUGGGAGGUACUUGUGCACAGUGAUUUGGAUUCUGACGCGGAUGAGGAGGACGCGUCCGUCACCAGCGGCAGCGGCAUGGCAGAUGACGAUGACCUGGAUCUCGAGGAUGAGGAUGAAGAUCCACUGGAUGCGUUUGAUGAUCCAGACUUAGACGAGAGCGCUGAAGAAUCCCAGCCCGGAUCAGAUUCGGAUUCCGACAGCUCCUCCGGUCGCGAUGGCAGCCCCUCAGACCAUGACGGCUCAUCUGAUCCCGGGCCGGGAGCUGAGAUCCGAAUGGUGUGA